AUCAAUACACUGUUCAUAACAAUAAAGAUGUCAUCGUCGAUCAAAAGACUUUUAAGGCUCGUGAAAAGAAAUCCCAAACCACCAGCGUCCGCUCUGGGAGCCUCAGCGACGCUUCCAUCGUCUGGGAUUACAUCUGUCGACAAUUCUCAGGGUGCUUCUGCCGCAGUGGCCGAACUGUCCGGUGCUCUAGGUGCCGUUCUGGAGCAGAUUGAUCUAGAUGGAGAAAUCAACAGCCAAAUCAAAUAUCUCGUCGAACUACUCGACCAGGAGGCAUCUCAAUACGAUAACUCUCAGCUGAAGGAGGAGCAAUACAUAGACUGGUCAUGCACUCAGGAACAAGCUCGGUUAAUAUCUAUUGCCUGGAAAUGCGCCCAUGAUACAUACAAUCUCCCACCUCGUUCACCACUCUUGUCGCAUGAUUUCCAAGACUGCACCUUGACUCAGGAGCAGAUUAUUACGCCGUCAGCUGAUGGAGCUGUUAAGGCAGUGACUUUCACCAGCGUAACUCCGCGAGAGACAUCUUCAACGAGUACUUCGUUGCCUGUACUGAUCGUCGCAAUUCGCGGCACAGCAAGCCGAAUAGAUCAUAUGGUGAACAUCAAUAAUCAACCACGAGAUGCUAGUUCGUUUAUUAAUAAUACCCACUUUCAACCAAACCCUAGCCCUCUUAAUGCAUCCCUACAGGCUCACUCUGGGUUUUUGGAAAGCGCUAAAAGCCUAGAUCAAAUUGUCCGGCGCAAGAUCAACGAGUAUACCCACCAGAAAGACGGCGGUGGCCAUGUUCUAUUCACUGGCCAUUCUGCCGGAGGCGCAGUAGCCUCUUUACUCUUCCUUCGAUGCUUAUCGUUGGAGGCACAAGAUUCAGCCCGCUUUUCCUGUAUCACAUUCGGAGCACCGCCAGUGGUGUCAAUGCCACUAUCGAUACCGCCCUUUGCCGGAGUAUGCUUGAACAUGAUCAACGAAUUUGAUUUUGUUACCAGAGCAGACAAGCCUUAUAUACUGUCUUUAGUUAACCUCAUACGGUUAAUUCAUGACCAAGAUCCGCUUUCUAGUGAGGAUGCCGACGACACGGAGUCUUCAAGCUUGACAACCGACUCUACCUCAACUGAAAACAACUGGCCUCUGCCUCCUUCUAGGUAUCACCACGUCGGACCCAAGGUAGUGUUUUUGAUGCGGCUUCCAGACCAAGGAGGGAGUCUUCAGCUUCGUGUCGUGGAAGUGUCAACUCCACAAUUCGAGAAGCUUUUAUUCUGUCGCAUCCCUGUACAUCGGCGACCAUGUUAUGCACAGCGGAUCGAAUUACUUGCAGGUGGGCGGUAUAACAGAGCAAAUGGCUGGGACUCAUAACUACAUAGUUAACUAAUUAGUCAACUAAUUAAAUGAAUUCAUGCCUGGUAUCAAGGCACAAAUGCGAGCGCGCCACAGGGCUUGCACGGUUCAGGUGUUGUGACAAGAGUCAACAACAUCCGAUGAACAGUUCUGUCGUGAAUAUUUGAGAAUUGUGCAUCUU